AUGGAGGUAGUUGAAGAUUCAGAUCCUCUUGUGGAUACUUCAAAUCAGCACAGUGUUUCCGUAGUUAUUCACCCCUUGGUUCUGCUUAAUGCAUCAGAGCAUUGGAUGCGUUUAAAAUUAAUUUAUGACUCUGUGAACGCGGCCGCUUAUGGUGGUCUUUUGGGCAAACACAAUGGACGUGAUGUUGAGAUCCACAACACAUUUGAAAUGGUUGUUGAUGAAAUGGCCAUAGAUAUGGAUUAUUUAAUUGAUCGUGCUGAAAAAGUGAAACAACUUUACAAGGGUCUAGAUAUUGUUGGCUGGUAUACUAACGGAAGAUCGUUGACUGAGGAAAAUAAGUCCUUUCAUUUUCAGUUCUCAGAAAGAUUCGAAGGUCCUUAUAUACUGAUUCUGGAUCCUUUGGAUAAGACUUGCGAGAGACUUCCUUUCCGUCUUUACGAAUCAGGCAUCGACAGCCAUUGUCAAGUUUACUUUAAACAGGUUACCUUUAAAGUUGGAAACGAUCCUAUCGAAAGUAUUGGAAUUGACCUCUUGGCUCGUGUUGCUGAUGUUGCAAAAGUCACUGCUGACAUGGGCACAAAUGAUACCACUGAUGCUCCAGGGGUAUCUACCACCGCGUCUCACAAAAAUUUAUCAAAACCUAAAGAGCUUUCUGAAACAGCCGAGACGUUACAAGAAAACCACCAAGCGGUUCAAAUGCUUUCAAACCGUCUAAAUGUACUUCGAGACUAUGUAGAUGCAGUUAUGCGAGGGGAGUUGCCCUUUAACCACGCCAGAUUGCGGGAAAUUAGAGCUCUUCUUGUUCGAUUACCCCAAGUAGUAUCUUCUAACGGUCCGUUUGGUGAUAACACUAAUAACUCUGUCUACGACCUAGAAGAUCAGACCGUGUUGUUACGUCAAGCUAGCGACGUUUGUCUCACUUCACUUCUUGCGGGUCUGACUAAAACGAUGCAGAGUCUUUACGGUUGGUUGCAUAGAGAGAAGACUGUGUCAAUUUUUCACGAUUCUGCUAGUAAAUUCGGGGUACAUACCACACAGCGUGUCAAAUGUUUUCGAAACGCAUCCAAGGUGGUAACUGAUACUUUAGAAGAGGAGACAAUAAAUUCUUAA